AUGAACAAAUUGGUUUAUUUGGAUCUCAGUUCUUCCCGCUUUUUGUUUGAAACCCCAAACUUUCAAAGGAUGCCAAAUUUAGUGAGAUUAGACUUCCAAGGCUGUGUCAAUUUAAAAGAAGUCCAUCCAUCUAUUGGACAUCUUGAGAAGCUUGUUUUACUGGAUUUAAGUGAAUGCGGCAAUCUUGAGAAGCUUCCCAGCUUCACUCAAGUCAAAUCUCUGGAGUUUCUCAAUCUUGGCUUUUGCAAAAAAUUAGAAAACUUUCCAGAGAUCCAGACAAGUAUGUCAUAUCUACUGGAGCUGGAAAUACAAUACAUUGGGAUUGGAGAAUUCCCCUCAUCCAUCCAACAACUACAUGGCCUCACUAAACUACGUUUAGUUGAUUGCGAUAAUCUUGUACAACUUCCUGGAAGCUUAUGUGAGUUAAAAAAUCUUAAAGUUGUUGAAGUUGAAAGAUGCGCAGAAUUGAAGUCGUUGCCAGAAAACUUGGGCAACUUGUCACAAUUGGAAAAGCUUCAUGUAGAGAGAACAGCCAUUUCUCAACUCCCAUCUUCAAUCAAGAAGUUGAGUUCAAUUGAAUACUUAUACCUUGGAGAUUUUAUUUAUGGAUCUAAAUGGAGCAGUUCCAACGUAGUUUUACCUAGUGUAUCUAGUUUGUUCUUACUAAAAGUGCUUGAGCUCUGUUCCCUUUAUAUGUUGGAUGAAGGACUUCCUCAAGAUAUUGGAUGCUUGUACUCGUUGGAAUACUUGAAUCUGAGUAAAAACAAUUUUGUACAUUUACCUGAAAGCAUCAGUCAACUCCCUAGCCUUAAGUACCUUGACAUCAGAUAUUGUGAGAGGCUUGAAGAGCUACCACAACUCCCACAAACUAUAUGGGAACUAUAUGCAGAUAUUCGUUUUGCCUUUGAAAGCAAUAUAGCUGAGCUAUCAACCAAGUACUUGGAAUUAUAUUCAAUCACAUUCACUCAUAAUUUUGAGGUCUAUAUGCGUCCGAGCGCAAAAUCAUACCUGCCAGAAUCAUUAAAAAGCAUAAAGCUCAUUCUUUGUUCAAGGACUUCUCUUAGAAAGACUCCUCUCACUGUUAUCUAUCCUGUCGAUAUCAACAGAUGCUUCAAAUAUAAAUGUGAUGGUGCAAGUAGGAUCUCAAUUCAUCUUCAACCCUUCUGGUACACACCAAAUUUUCUGGGAUUUGUUGUAUGCUGUCUUCUCCCUUCAAGAGGUAAUAUAUGGGAAUCACAUUUUGAGCAUUGUGCAGUCAUAGCCAAAUUGGCAGACAAUGAUAAUAGUAGAAAUGAAGCUCCCCAAACAAAGUGUGUGAUCACCAAGUCAGAUAAGUAUAAAAGAUUCUAUGAGCAACGUACUUGCGUUGCCUACAUACCAUUUAGCAGUUUGUGGAAUGAAUCUAAGGCUCAGAAAGAUGGUGUUACUCCCAAUGAUUAUUCCACAUUUGAGGCAUUUCUAGAUUCUUCUCAAGUUUCAACAGAUUGGGGUUGUAGUUUGUUCUAUGAAGAUGAUGAUUUGAUAAUUGAAGCAAUGAUAAAGCUUCAAAUUAUGGGUAAAUAG